CAUUCCACUCCUAAAACCCUAACCCCUAAAAUGUCACUCAAUAAGCUUAUACGCUCUGCUUCAAGGCUUGUACCUCUCGCCGUCCGAGCUUCCGCCGGAAGCCGAUGGUACUCCCUCCGCCACCACAGCUCAGCCUUCUCCGCCACCGUCAACGGCCGGCUGAAGGAGCUCCAGUCGCCGAGGUCAUUCCCGUCUAUUCUCCUCCGCUAUUCCACCGAGAUUAGCUCCGACGAGUCGCUGCUGAAAAGCGUGGAGUACGAGAUUGAAUGCGCCAACGACUCUUACUCUGUGACCGAGGCUGAGGAGGAGGUGCCAGAGGGCUUCCCUUUUAAAAUCGAAAACCGUGUUGGAUCAGAAACUGUAUCGCUGACCAGAGAUUACCAGGGUGAAACCAUAAGUGUCGAAGUGUACAUGCCCAACCUUGUUACGGGCGAUGAGGAUGAUGAUGAUGCCUCGAACCAAUCUAGCAUCCCGUUGGUUGUCAAAACCUCCAAGAGGAGUGGACCCUAUCUGGAGUUUGGUUGCACUGCUUAUCCUGACGAGAUUGUGAUUGACAGCUUGUCAGUGAAAGAUCCCGAGAAAAACUCUGAGGACCAAAUCGCCUACGAGGGACCUGACUUUGGGGAUUUGGAUGAGAAUUUGCAGAAGGCACUCCACCGGUAUCUGGAGAUUAGAGGGAUCAAGGCGAGCACAACCAAUUUCUUGCACGGGUAUAUGAUCAACAAGGACACCACAGAAUACGUCGAAUGGCUGAAGAAAAUCCAGAAGUUUCUCCAGGCAUGAGAAAGUUGUGUAGAUGGAAGAAACUUUGGUCGAAUAGCUUCUUUGUACUACACAUUGAUAGAUUGAAUUUAUCAGAAUUUAUCUUUGAUCUUUCAAUAUGAGUUCAUGAAUCAUCAAAUUACAUUUAUUUGAGUAUUUUCCAUACAUUCA